UUAUAGAUGUGAUUAGGCUAUAUGUGUUUGACGGCUGUUUGCAGCUCUUUUUGGUUAAGUACGUUAGCACCAUGGGUGUCUUGGUAAUAGCGUUGUUGUUUGGGAUUUUCAGAGUAUAUACUAUUUAAAGCUGGAAGUCUAGCUAACGUUAACAUUUGGCUACCAAUGGAUGUCAUUCAAGGGAUCAGAGUUCAGAGACCUUUUACCAAGUGCAGUUCUGGCUUCAGUGACUGAAGGAGGCAGACGAGAAAGUGCUGCUUGGUCCAGUGAAUGGAAAAUUUAUCCUAUGUUCAUGAAAAUGCCCAGAUGGAACUGUUGAGAGUAAAGAGCAUGUUCUCUGCUAUUUCUGCAGUAAGGAAUUUCCUCAAGUCUGAAGUAUCACCUUAAUGCAAAGCAACCCGGAUGUUCACACGGAGCAUCCAGGCUAUCACAGCUGGCAGAUCAGGUUCAACAUAGCCAUGUGAAGUGUGUCACAGAUGUGGUUGUUCAGGGCUGAUUUGUGAAAGUGGCAGGAGAGAGCGUGAUGGAAGACGCAGCCUGUCAGCUUGAGAGAGACCAUGUGCACAAUGUUUAUGAGAAGAUUGCACCUUACUUCAAUGACAGUCGUUACAAAGCCUGGCCUAGAGUGCGUCAGUUUCUUCUGGAACUGGAGCCAGGUAGUAUUGUGGCUGAUGUGGGCUGUGGUAAUGGCAAGUAUCUCCACAUUAAUGAAAAUGUCUUCAAGCUGGGGUGUGACGUAUGCCGCCCACUUGUGGAAUCUGCCUGGAACCAAGGAUAUGAGGUUCAGCUCUGCGAUAGCUUGCGCCUUCCCUACCGUGAUGGCUGUUUUGAUGCCAUUCUUUCCAUAGCAGUCAUUCAUCACUUUUCCACCAAAGAGAGGCGUAUUCGCGCAAUAAAGGAGAUGGCUCGUACACUACGGAUGGGAGGACGCAUGAUGAUCUACGUGUGGGCCAUGGAGCAGAAGAGACGGAAGUUUGAAAAGCAGGACAUCUUUGUACCCUGGAACCCCAACCUGCCAUCCUGUCCUAAUUGUGACCAAAUCAUUAGCAGAUGCAGAGCUCAGGGAGAGGGUUUGGAAUGUGGUAGCCAUAACAGUGAUUGGUGUGAAAAGCACAGGAAAGUGAAGAGCACAUCCUCCAUGUUGGAUGAAGAAGAGUCUCCCGUUUCCACCCAACCUCGAACACAGAGAUUAUGGUUUUUCUCCAGGUCUUUAGACUCAGUAUUGGACUUCAGAAGCCUCACUGUUUCUCAAUCCAAUUCACGAGAACUCAAUGCAGAAUGCCCCCCAAAUGAAGAGAGGGAUGGUGAUGGUGCCAGGUCUGUCUCUUGGAGCAGGGGAGGAAACUUCAUAAGGCAGGUUUCUAGUCUCUUCUCUUCAAGGAGCAGUCUAGAGGAAGACAUCUUUGGCUCUGUUACAGAUCUCUGUGCAGACCAAAGGUCAACAGAAAAGAAUAAUGAUGGUUCUGCUAUGACACAAUCUGUCUCCUUAGUCCAAGAGUGUUCAUCCAUGCCACUACCUGACCUAGUGUCUUACCAAAAAGAUAUGCAAUUUGAGGAAGGGGAGGGAAGUUGCCACAAGAGGCAAGAGAACAGAGAUCCCUUGCAGAAACUAGAAGACAGUACAAGGUGUGUGGAAACCUAUUGUAAGUCAGAGGGAGGAGAGAAGUUAAUGCGGUACUACCAUGUCUUCAGACAUGGGGAACUGACUGAGCUAAUUGAAAAUAAUGUUGAGGAGCUUCACAUUCUGCAGACCUUCUUAGAUCAUGCAAACUGGUGUGUGGUUGCAGAAAAGGUGAAAGCUUAAAAAAGAAACAUUUUAAAAUGUUUUAGUGAUGACAAUUCCAGAUGUGGAUUUUUUAGUGUUUCAUUCUGGCUACUACUUGGAAGGAUGAAAAAUGAACUGUUUUAAGACUUAAAGGUGCCAUGUGUAAUGUCCGCCAAAAAAUCAAUUCAUACUCCACAUUCCAUAAAAAAUGGGGGCAGUA